CUGCUUACACAAACACUCGCAUCCUCCUCUCCUCUCCUCCUUCAUUUCCUCCCUCUCUUCUAUUUUCUAUGGGCGGAGAAACGGAAAUGUGGGAGGUGUGUUUUCUCUACGUCUCCGUGUUUCUUUCACGGAAGAGAUCGGAGCCAGAGAAGCGCGUCUGACUCAAGGACGAAGCGGACCUACGGUGAUAGGAAGCAAAAUAAACGGAGCACAGAGGAGCAGCAGGAGAUCCGUGCGCACCCGCAGAGGAGCGGAGGUUCGGCUGCAGCAGACAUGGGACUGCGGCUGUCCUCGUAGCGGAACCAGGCGACCUGCGGACCAGAGGGAGGACAGGCACCGGGAGCAGACAUGGCCCACGUAGGCAACGGAGCGGCCGCAGAGGAGGAGGACUGCUUCGAAGAUGCCUUUGAUCGGAUACCUGCGGCGGGUAACAUGGAUCUGCAGACUGCCAUCCAGGAGACUCAGUGUGCUCUCAACCUCGUCCUCAACAACAAGUUUUCUCAAGCCCUGGAUCUCCUCAAACCAUGGUGGAGGGACAGCAUGUACCACGCUCUGGGAUACAGCAGCAUCCUGGUGAUGCAGGCUACCAUGACCUUUGAGCACAGAGACAUCCAGACUGCCAUGGCAACCAUCAAGGAGGCGUUGCACACCUGUCAGAGGUUCAGGAAGAAGAACUCGAUGGUCGGAUCUUUGUCUGGGUUGAUCAGCAAACAGUCCAACCUGCAGGAAGGAGAGAUGCACGCAGAGCUUUGCUACGCUGAAUGUCUUCUGCAGAAAGCAACGCUGACAUUUGUACAGGAUGAGAACAUGAUCAGUUUUAUCAAAGGAGGGAUCAAGAUUCGUACCAGCUACCAAAUCUACAAGGAUUGUCAGAAUGUGCUGAAUGUCACUCAAGACCUGGCUAGCCAGUCAGAUUCAUUUAGACAGUUUGAAGGUGGAGUCAAGUUGGGCAUUGGAUCUUUCAACCUGAUGUUGUCACUCCUUCCUCAGAGAAUUUUGAGGUUGUUGGAGUUUAUCGGGUUCUCAGGAAACAGGGGGUUUGGUUUGUCCCAGUUGAGAGAGGGAGCCUCCAGCCACAGUUUGCGGUCAAUCCUCUGUGUUCUGACUCUGCUCUUCUACCACACAUAUGUCUCACUCAUACUGGGAACUGCAGAGGGGAACUUGGUGGAAGCUGAAGCUCUGCUGGAGCCAUACCAACAGAAAUACCCCAAAGGUUCCAUAAUCCUCUUCUACUCUGCUCGCAUUGCCGCGCUGCGAGGAAACUUUCAGAAGGCUCGGGCCAGGUACGAGGAGUGUGUGAGCAGCCAGCAGGAGUGGAAGCAGAUUCACCACUUGUGUUACUGGGAGCUUAUGUGGACUCACUCUUACCAGCAGGAGUGGGAACAGGCGUACCACUACGCUGACUUGCUGUGCAAGGAGAGUCGCUGGUCCAAGGCUAUCUAUGUUUACCAGAAGGCAGCCAUUUUAAGCAUGAUGUCAGAGGAGGAGCUGAAGAAGACGGGGGAGAAUGUUGUGGAGCUCUUCAGGCAGGUGGAGGGGCUGAAACAGCGCCUGGCUGGGAAGUCCAUUCCAACUGAAAAAUUUGCAGUGAGGAAGUCCAGGCGUUACAAAGCUGCUAACCCCAUCCCCCUGGUCAUCCCUUUGCUGGAGAUGAUGUACGUUUGGAAUGGUUUCACCAUCGUUGGAAAGCGAGCCGACUGUACCGAGUCCCUGCUGGUAACCAUAGAAAAGGCAGAGGAACAGCUUCGCAAUGACCCCAAUCCAUCGGAGUUUCACACAGAUGACAGCUGUCUGGUCCAGAUGUUGAAGGGACUCUGCCUGAAGCACCUGGGCAGGUUACUGCAGGCUGAGCUGUGCUUCACACAGGUGCUCUCCAGUGAGGGUCGGAUCAGAUAUGAUCACUACUUGAUUCCUUUCACCCUUUACGAGUUGGGUCUGCUGUAUAAACAACAGGGAGACUUCCUUAAGGCCACCACCUAUAUCGAAAACGCCAAGACAAACUACAAGGACUACUCCAUGGAGUCCAGACUGCACUUCAGGAUCCACGCAGCCCUUAACAGCCUCAAAGGAUCACCUGCUGGCACCCCAUAAUAGGCAAAAAAACCUGAUUUAGACUGCAGCUGUUUGUUCAGUUUGUUCAGCUGGAGUGAAGAAAGAAGUGGAGGUGUGUUUGGGUUUUAAGAUUACACAUCCACCUGGGUAUUUCUUUUUUUUUGUUCAGACUUAUGUUUUACAUUUUUUAUUUAUUUUUGUGCAGUUUGGAAAGAUGGGAUUAUAAUUACUUGCACAUGCACUUCUACCAGUUAAAAUAAAGACUUUACUGGUAGAUAGAGCAAUCGUUCAAUCAAUACAGGUUUAUUUGUAACUUAAAAAUUCAUACAGGCUCUUUUUGAGUCCACACGGCUCUUUCACUCAGAGACACUUUGCAUAGGAGAAAAACUAUGAAGUCCUCAGAUUCCAUAGGUAAUAUCUAAUUGGAGUGCUGCAUCUUUUCAUGUAAAAGCACAAGUUAAAAAACUAGAGAUUAUAUGUCAGACCACAAGAGGGACCCAAUGACUGACAAAUCAUCUAGGAAAUCCAGUCAACAGGUUUAUCAAGUUCUCUUUUGCAGCUCUAUAUUAGUUUCCUUGCAUUUCUCUGUCUGAAUGGACCCAAAAUUUAAAUCUACUGUCUAUGAUUUCAGUUUUUCAUCAAGGAAGACAUAUAUAAUUUUUUUUUUUUUAUUUAUUUUUUUUUUAGGGCUGAAUCAUAAACAGGAAGACAGAUGUGCAAACUGCUAAAGAUGAACACUAGGAACACACCGCUCAUCUUUAGCAGUUUAUUUUCUUUCUGCAUUUUCUUUGCCUUUUUCUUUACCUACAUGCCACACGUGCACGUGAUGCACAAAUGUGUCCGUGCAUAAGCAAUCACAGCCUUCUCACCGACUGUGGCUUAAACAGGAAACACAGACACGGCGUAAAACACUCAUUCCAAGCUCACACAGACUGGGCAAUAUGCAGAUUUAAAAGAACAACACAGUAAUGGCUGUAAACGCACACAUUUAGCAGCAAUACAAACAAAUCUGUGCUGUUAGUAAGUUCUGAGUUAUUCUGUCGGUAUGUGAGAGUCCAUGUUCUAUGUCUCAAACGCAGAGCAGCUUUGGUGGCAGGGAUUGUCUCUUAAGAAGCCUGAAAUAAAAAGUUGAAAAGCAAAACAAUCUAACAGUUAAUUUAUCUGUUAUGUUGAUUUUUUUUAAGUUUCUGUUUUGUCUACCACUACAAAUCCAUCCAUGAGUUUAAAAAAUCCUUACCUGUGAUGAAAUGCUCCUUUAUACAGCCCCUCAGUUCAUCUUGAAUCUGAAACAAGUCAUUUGAGAUCUCGACGUCUUUUUUUCUUUACUUCUCAAAUCAGAGCAAACUGUCAUAAUAGUCGUUUUGUAUGUUUUUGACAAAAAGCUAGACAGAGCUAGACAUUAAUCGCUUUCCAGUAAGCUACGGUACUGCAUAAUCUGUCCAUCUUCUGAUGCUGUGAUAUAUGAUAGUUUGCCAUGUGGAACUGUUACUUUCUAGUUAAGACACACUAGUCUGGGGGAAGGUGUUGAAAGAUCAUCCAAGGAGAGUCCCCUGGAAAUACCUAAGAAUAAUUUAAUUAAAGAAAACCGCAAAGUACGGACCAAACCAUGGACUGAUGACUUCCUACACUCCCUUUAAGUAAGCAAACUACUUUGGCCAAAAACACACACAAUGCUAAUACUACUGAUAAUAUUCAUCACAAUACUCAUAAUAAUAAAUAUCCUAAAAACAGUUUUCUUGACAUCAACAUUCGCCAUUAACACCCUCAGAUAACCUGUUCCAAAAUCUUAGUCUAGUGCUUACUUUGAAAUAUGUAUUUUUUUUGUUACUUUUUUUUUCUUUCAAUUUUAGCCACAAAACCUGAACCUCAGUUGGUCAUAGACGCUGAAUUGAACAGUCAGUCAGCACAGUCAGUGCUGGUGGACAAAGGCUGACUGCAAUAUUUCAGAAUCACUUGCAAUAUUGUCCAAAAUUACUGUGUUUGAAAUGUGUGCAAUACAUUUUGAAAGCCAUAAUUCUCGUUGCCUUAGACUGAGAUUAAGUUGCCCUGAAAACAAUGCCAGCUCUGGCACAAGCGGGAACUUGUACUCCACACCUGUUUUGAGUAUAAAGUGUGGGGUUAAUGAAUACUCGGCAAAAAGAAAUAUCUGCUCUUUAUCUGCUCAAAGAGAUGAUUUCUUCAUACUGAAGCAGCUCUGCCUUUGGGAAAUAUUUGCAUAACUAAACCAUCCCUCACUCCAUGUUUACUCAACUCUGUUGAGAGAAAAUACCAAGACUAAAGGCUUCACAUUAGUCCUGGUUGAUGUACUGAUUACAGCUUUGGCUAUGAUCACACAUGUUAUGGAAGAUUUCUAUUUGUUUCUUUCUUUAUGAUGUGUUGCUUUCUGUUAACUAUUAUAAAUUAUGUGGAUCUGCAGUGUACAUGAAAAGCAGCUUUAGUGUUUAAACAUGUACAGAUAAAUCACGAGAAGCACAAUCUAUACCUAAACAAGAUUUUAAUAUUAUAAUUAUUAUUAUUAUUGCUGUUGUUUUGAUGUGCUGUAUGUUAACACAAUGGAUAAUAACUCAUUUCUCAGAAGUCAGUGAAGGAAAGUUUAUCCCUAAAAUGUUGUAAGCUUAAAUAAUAACGUCUAAAAAAACUGGACACUAAUGUGUCACAUCUUUGCUUCCAUUUUAAACAUCAAUGUGAUCGACCCACUUAAGUUGUACUUGAAUAAAUGACGAUUAGCCUUCUCCAUGUCAUGAAUGUAUCAACCUAAAGACCAAAUUCUCCAUGUGUGUCUUGAUUGAUGUGUGUUUUUAUUUUAUUUUAUUUGGUGUGUGUUUUCUGUGCCUCUAAUUGUUUGGAUGUAAUUUUUUCAUGUCUUUGUGUGAUCUGCUUUGCUUCCAAAAUAGGUAAUUUGCCAACAUUCACUGAUGACUUUAAUAUUUAUAUCAGAAAUAAUAACAAUUGUACGUAAAAGACCACAGUCAUCUGUCUAUAAAAGUUGUAGUAAUGAAAAUGGUCCCAGUUUUGUCCAGUGAGUAUAUUGCAGUGUUACUGCUAGCUACAAGACUAAAAAUCUGACUGUGGAUUGAUAGAAAUGAAUAGGUAGUUUUUAAAUGAUAUUCUGUGUCUCUCUGUGCAAUAAAAUGUUGCUUUAAAAAUGCAAGAUGCAGUUUUAGCAUUGCAGUCAUCAGUAGUUCCUCCAUGCUAGUUUUUCCAAAUUUGCAGCUCAAUUUCUUGGUCAGACAAAGCUGACAUUCAGAAAUGACUCGGCACAGGAAGUAAGGAAGUCUGAAAACAUAAAUUAAAAUAAUGCAACUAAAAAUAGUGAUAAAAUAAUUUGGAAACAAGUGUUGUUCCUGCUGUUAUCUCUGUUCUGUAUAUUUUUUUUAGUAUUAUUAACUGUAGGCACAUUGGCAGGUCUUGUUCUUUGGCAUGAAAUUUAAAACCUGCUAACACCAAUAUAAUUAAUUUGAAUUAUAAACAAAGAAUAGGACUUCUUUAGUUAAAUCUAAAAAAAUAAAAUAAUAUACCAAAGACAGCAAUCUUACAGAGGUAAAAUUAUAUAUUUGCCCCAACAAGGUAAUUCCCAAAGAGCUAUUAUCCAAAAACCUGGCAUAUCUUACCAUGGUGUGCACUGGGUCCUUAAAAAAUAUGAGGACAAGAACAAUAAAAGAAGGACUGGCAGGCCUAAAAACUAACUACAGCAGUAUCUGAAAGUCAGCAUAAAUUAACGAUCAACAAUUCAAUUCAAACUUCAUUUGUAUAGCACAUUUAAAAACAACAGAGUUGACCAAAGUGCUUCACAAUCGGUUAAAAACAAGAGAAAACAAUAGAGAAACAAAUAUAGAUAAAUGAGAAGACAAUGAAUUAACAAUAAAAACAAGAUAAAUGAUCAUAAUAAAAUAAUAGGUAGAUAACAUAAGGCAGUGGAUGCAUUUUUUGAGACAAUUAGCAGCUCAGACAAUUCACAUCAGUCAUAAAAAAAAAAAAAUCACUGCUUUGUGUUUUUAAAAUGUUCACCUUUUGUUGCCACAACCUUUCUUCAUAUAGAAGGGUUUGGUUCAUGUUUUCAUUCAGUUUUUACUUCAAGUGCCUCUGUGUUUAAUCUGCUCGUUUUCUGUAGGAUCUGCAUCAUUUUUCCUUUAUUAGCUCAAACUGUUUUUGAUUUUUUGUUUUGGCUUUGUUUUUUUCCAUAUAUGAUGUGUUCCUGCAUGCGUUUUAUGGCAGGAGGAGAUAUUAGAGGCUUAGAUGUGGUGAUACACGUGGCACAAUAAAAUGAAAACAGAAAAGAAUUACUCAUUUUGAAUUAUAUUGCAUUUUUAUUUAUCAUUAGUAUGUAUAUCGGUAUGUAUGUGUGUCAGUAUGGCAGUAAGUCACUGUUUUGUGUUUGUGUUAUGAAGAGAACAUGUCCAUUCUAGCUAACAGACUUAUAAAUGAUUAAUCUGGACUAAAGAGAAAAAAAUAACUGAAUAUGAAUAUAUGAAUGAGCUGAAUAAAUAGGUUUUGUAUUUCUGGCUUCAUAAUUUGAAAGAAAAAUUUAACCCUGAUUAAAAAAAACAAACAAACAAACCCACCUUUUUUUUUUUAAAGUAAAUGGUGUUUGAAAUGGUUUAUUUAAUAGUAAGGUUUUGAAAUUUGAAGUUUGUUUUGCUAUUUUGACCAAGUCAUGUAGGGUUAAGUGAGUAAGGAGUCAGUCACACAGGCCUGGAGAUUGGUCCGUGACCAUCUGGCAACCUGUCCCCAGGGACAAAUACAACUGGUUGGUUAAAACCUUGCAGUUGUUUGGGUCAUUAACGCAUUGCUGCAGUCACUGUAGUUUGCGUGGAAUAUGCCAACUUGUCUGCAAACACAAUUUGUUCUCCAAGCUGCUGUGGAACUGAAGAGGGCGAGACACACUGGAAAGAUGGCUCGCCUUCAAAGUAAAGGUUGUGCCAAAACGUGUUGGCUGCAGCACUGAGGCACUAUUUUUAUUUUGCAUCACACUUUAAAGUUUUACUACUGCUCAGUGGUUAGCUGGCGUGUGCUUGCAGGAGUCAGCUUCUUCCGUGCAAACUAAGGGCAACUGUGGCACUCUGCUAGCAGUCAAAGCAAGGAGAGGUUUUUGUGACUGACUUCUUCUGGUGACAGUCGACUUACCAGCCGGUCAGGGAUUAUACACAUCCGAUGGCUCUGAUCACAUUCAGUACGGUGGAUAACUCCUGAGCAAUGUGCACAUGUGACAUCACACCAGAAACCUCAAAUAGACACAAAAUCAUUGAAGGCUUUAAAGCAGAAUAGAAAUAAAAAGGAUUUAUUUACUGCUUUUUAUUUUUCAGUUUAGCUGAAGCAGCUUUUAAAAUGUCCCACUGAAAAUUUUCUGGUUUGCUAGAAGACAAAAGAGUCCUGUUAUGUGUACUGUGUAGUAAAUGUUUAGUAUAUGUGUUUAUAGCAUAUGUGUAUUGUCAAGGUUACUAUGUGAGAAAUGUGUUCAAUACAUUUUGAAAGCCAUAAUUUUUUGCUAGUUGCCUUACAUGCAAAGCUUCUUUCUUUCUUCCUGUCAUCACCAAUAAUGCAAUAAUGCAUUAUGCUGGAAUAUUUCUAGUUAGGAUUGGAAAAUAGAUUUCAACCAAAUCAUUUACAUCUUUUUUGGCAACAAUAAUACAUUUUGUAUUUUUGAUUGUAUGUUUUUAUUCUACUACGAUAAUUUAGAAUCUAUCUUCUGAAAAACUUCUGUGACCUGUCUCAUUAAAAAAAAAAUGAUUCUGGAGAUCCUCUGUGCUCUCAGUUUGACUUGACUGCAAAAUGUAGAGUGAUUGUGCAUUAAAGUAAAACUGAAGACCAAGAAAUGACUGGUCAACAUAACGUCCACCAGAAAAAAAGGAUUCUAGGGAGAACAUAGAAUUGCUGAGAAGAUGAUCGAUAUUUACUGUUAGUGUUUGUUUUUAAUGUGCAAAAAGACACUGUUGAAUUAAAUAUUGGCUGAAAUCAAAUGAAAUUGGUUGAACAAGAUUAGAAAUAUGUUUACUGUAUUCUGGUGUGACCUCUGGCUCCUCUAAGGUAUAUACUCAUAACAAUAACACUGUUUAUGUGAUUAACUGAUCUCUUAGAAUUAACAGUUUUGCAAAUGCACAUGGUGGUUCGCAGUAUGAAUAAAAAUAUGUUAAAA